AUGUAUUUCAUUCUACCAGUUCUUGGCUCGUCCCUCGCCUACGCCAUCUUUGUCCUAUACCGUCGUCUCUAUCUCUCCCCCGUAGCCCACUUUCCAGGUCCCAAGCUCGCCGCCGCAACCUACUGGUACGAAUUUUACUACGACAUCAUCCUCGGCGGCAAGUACAUAUGGAAAGUCCAAGAAAUGCACAGAGAGUACGGCCCCGUCAUUCGCAUCAACCCAGGCGGUCUGCACGUCGCAGACCCAGCCUUCUGGGAUGUCAUGUACACGCACAGCACGGAGCGCAACCGGCGAGACAAGUGGGAGUGGGAGACGUGGGGUAUUGGGAUACCGACGUCGAUGCUUGGGACGGCGCCGCAUGCGCUACAUAGGGUAAGGAGGAGCGCGGUGAAUCCGUUUUUCUCGAAGCAGAAUGUGCGGAGGUUGGAGCCGGGGAUUGAGGAGCGGGUAGGGGCUUUGGUAGGCAGGCUGAGAAAGCGUAAGGAGCGCGGAGAGGUCGUGCGUAUGGAUCAUGCGUAUUCUGCUUUUACAAAUGAUGUUGUGGUGCAGUAUUGCUUUGAUCGCUCGGAUCACCAUAUUGAAGCGCCUGGUUUCGACCCCUCGUUUCACGAGACAUCGUUCGGCGCUGCGAAGGCCAUUUCGCUGCUGAAGCACCUCCCGUGGCUUCUGACCAUUAUGCGCGCGUUGCCGGAAUCUAUCGCUAUGAAGAUGGGCGAUGAGGUCUCGGCGAAUAUCAAAUUGACAAAGGAGCGCAUGGGACAGAUCGAAGAUCUUCGGAAAACUGGCUUCGAAAAAGAAGAACAGGAGCAUAAAACCAUUUUCCACACUCUCCUCCGUAGCGAUCUUCCCGCAGAAGAAAAAGAAACCCGACGCCUGGCUGAAGAGGCUGUCCUUCUCGUCGGCGCGGGAACACACACCACGUCGUGGGUGUUGACCGUUAUCACCUUCUACCUGCUCUCCAACCCUGCCUUAUUGCGAAAGCUCCGUGAUGAGCUACGCACACUGCUGCCAGAGGUAGAUAGCUUUGCGCCGCUCGUGGAGCUGGAGAAGCUUCCAUUCCUAACUGCAGUGCUGAAGGAAGGCUUGAGAUUAGGCCACGGUGCAGCGGCACGGAGUUCCCGCAUCGCACCAGAUGCAUCGCUGAAAUGUGGAGACUGGACUGUACCACCGAGAACGCCGGUCGCCAUGACUAUCCCACUCACGCACCUGGAUGAAUCUAUUUUUCCAGAUGCGCUCACUUUUGAGCCGCAUCGUUGGCUUGGUGGUAAUACGGCUCACCUCGACAAGUAUCUAGUUGCGUUUUCGAAGGGAUCUCGCGCAUGCGUAGGGAUGAAUCUGGCUUGGGCUGAGCUAUAUCUGUGUAUUGCGAGGGUGUUCAGGCAGUUUGGGUCUAGAGAGGUGAGGGAGAGCGGGGAUGUAGGGUGCAUGGAGCUGUAUAAGACGGAUGCAAGUGAUGUAGAGGUUGCGAGUGAUGCAUUCUUUCCGAUGGUGAGAGAAGGGUCAAAGGGUGUGAGGGUGAGGAUUUCGAGUCCAAAGGUUGUUGACUUAUGA